AUGCUGAAUAGUCUUCCAAAAAAUAUAAAUGAAAUUCAUUUAUUUUUGAGAUAUGAUGCACCGCCGUCGUGUUAUCCCGGAAUAUGCCAUUCCGAUCAUAUUUCAACUUAUGGUGUAUCACUAUCACUUUUCUCUUUGAGAAAUUUUACCAAUCUUCGAAGUUUGACAAUACGUUUUUUCAACAUCACCAAUAUUAUUCAAGAAAUAUCAAAAAAAACAACACUUGUUUAUCUCGAUCUCCAAAAAUGUCAAACUCACGAUAAGAUUUUUACAUUCAAUCAACUUUCAAACUUGGAACAUCUCAACAUUAAAGACGUGUCUUUCGUGGAUAGUCAUAUGAAAGAUAUUCCAAACCCACUCAGUGGUAUUUUCAAUGCAUGCAAAAAUCUAAAACAUCUUGAUGCACCAGAUUUUGAUGUUGAUCUAGCUGAAAUUAAAAUGGAAAACUGGGUAAACUUGAGAAACUUGGUAUAUCUAAAUAUUCGUUGGCAAGCUAGUGAUGCCGUAAUCGAAAAAAUCAUCAAGUAUUGCAAUAAAUUAGAAUUCAUAAAUACUGGUACAUUAAAUAGUGGAUCUAUUAUAAAAUUAACAAAAUUAGAAAAUUUUAAUUAUUUAAUUUUGCACAGGACAAAUAGUACCAAUAAAGUAAACAGUAAUAAACUAAUAGUUGCAGUUUUGAAUAAUUGUAAAAAACUUAAACAUCUGGAAAUCUACGGGUCUACUAAAGUAGAGGCAUUAAUUUUUAAUGAUUUAUCAAAAUUGCAAUAUAUUGAAAGUUUGAAUUUGGAAUUUUCUUGCAAACUUAAAGAUCCUGCUAUUAUUGCUAUUGCUAAAAAUUUUAAGCUCUUGAAAUGUUUGAAUAUUGGAGGGUGUGAUAUCACUUCAAAUGCUUUAAUUGCUUUAACGAGCUUGAAAAAUUUAAAAGAACUUAAUGUUGCACAUAAUGAUAAUAUUGAAGACAAUUUUAUUGUCAAAUUAAGAGGAAUAAAAAGUUUAAAUUGUUCCGUAUGCAAAAAACUUACUGAUGCUGGUGUCAUUCAAUUUAUAAAGAAUAAUCCAGAUCUUGAAUUUCUUAACAUCAGCUUCAACACAAAUGUUACAAUGGACACGAUUAUUGCUGCAGAAGAGGCAGUUAAAAAUCGUAUAAAUGAUACUUUUUUAUCUAUAAGAGCUCAUUAUUUAAAUCUUGACAAAGCUUACAUUAAACCUCAAUGGUUAAUUUAUUGUUAGAAUGCAAUUGAAGUAUCUUUUUCCUCAGCAGGUCCAUCUUUU